AUAACAACGAAAAACACGGAAGUUAGAGAGCAGAGAGAGUUGCUAAGCGCCGAGGGACGCAACCGAGGAGCAAAGACUGAAUAGCGGACCCGGGGAAAUACAAUGGCCAUGGAGGUCCUUUCAGCGCCUUUAAGACUUUCACUACCUCAGUCCACAGAAACCCAAAGCAGGACCACCAGCAGCCAAUCAAAGACAAGUAAGGCACAGACCAAAAUAAAGAUGUUAGAGCAAGGACGCAAGAAGUUGACAUCAAUUGAGACUCAAAGAGUAAUAUCUGUGUUGGAUGAAACAAUCAAAAAGCUUGAGCUAGUCAGCAUGUUCCAACAUGCUGUUGAUAAUUUGGAACAAUACAAAAUAGUACUAGGUUCAGAACUGGUGGGAGCCUUGCGAGAGCAUCAAAGAUUGCAAGACAACAUGAACCUACAGCUCACACGUUUGCACAGUAAAGAAGGGGAAGAAGACUAUUCCAUUGUAGAGGAUAAGAACACUAAGGAACAAUCUGAUGUGAUCCUUGCAAGAAUUCGCCAAGGUAUUCAGAGCUCUAUAAGAAAUACAUUGAGGUUAUUUGUUAGCAACCCCCCUGCAAGCAAAGCCCUGAGAGCAGAAGGCCACCUACGGGAUCCUGCCUACCAGGAACUGAUUCAAACAAUGUCUGAGAUGCGAGGGUUCCUGUUUGAAUUUCUACUGACCAGCCCAUUAGAGCAAACUGAAAAAAUGCGUUACCUGCAUGAUAUAACAAUUCGUAACAAAAAAAAUAGAGAAUUGUUGUUAACUUUGGAAGAAGAGCUUAAGACUGUUGUCCUUGACCGAGACACUGAGAUUUCCAAAAAGAAUGAGAUAAUCCGACAUCUAAAGGUUAAUCUUCACCAGCUAGAGAAACUGUCUGAGAGUCAAGUUAAGCGCAUAAUGCAGGAAGCAGAAACGCAACAAAAGUCUGACUGCCGAACCUCUGAGGGCAAGUGUUCCAAAAUACACCACGAACUCCAGCAGCUGAGAUCACAGCUCAGCAGUACCAUUUCUGAGAACCGCGAAAUAGAGCUUACAAUGAGGAAGAAAAAAUAUAAGAUUGAAACAGAGAUAGAGAACUGGAUACAGAAAUAUGAUACUGAUAUGGGUGAGAAACAGGAUGAGUUGGAGGAGCUAGAGGCAGAGUACAAUCUAGAGAAGGCACAGCUGGCAGAAGUGCAGGAGAAGUUGGCUGUAAUGGAAGAAGAGUAUAUCCAAAUAAUGGAGGAGAGGCGGUUAGCAAAGUUGCGGAUGGAAGAAGAGGAAAGGGAACUGGCUAACAAGAAUCGGGCUGCCACAGUGAUCCAGGCACACUGGAAAGGAUACCUGGUUCGUCAAUCAAUGAAAUCUAAGAAGAAAAAGAAGAAGGGGAAAGGAAAAGGCAAAAAGGGAAAGAAAUAGGUUGUUAGCUAUAUAGACCAGCCAACAUUGGUCCACCAUGUUCUUUGGAAAAGAUUCUUUCAUUAAAGGAGUAAUUUACUUUAAAAAAAUAAAUAAAUUUGAACCCCUUUUAAAGUAAUUUCUUUAAAAAAAAAACAGUGCAUACCCACUCUAAGUGGACCAUAUACUAAUGUUCUUUUUUUUCGUUUUCAUGAAUCGUGGUUUUUACUAAUUACACAAGAACUUAAAUAAUUUGUGAUUUACUAAGAGAAAAAAACCCAUGAAAAAUAAGACAAAACUAUGCCAUCUAAAAGCUGUCAAAGCCACAUAGAAGUCAAUGGGAGUUGUCCUAGGCAAAUUCUAACAAUCUUUAUUUCAUGGCUUUAGAGGAAUUUUUGUUUGUAAGUUCAUAAGAAUCCUUACAAGGAGGUUUUUAUGUUCUUUUCUUUUCGCUUUUCAAUUCGUUUGUGCUUUUUAUAUUCAGAUCUUUUAAUAAAUUACUUGAGAUUUG